CGAGAGGUGGAGCCGCAGCGCCGACAACUGUCAAAAGACCCUUCCUGAUAAGACAAGCCCUUCCGUCCUCAAAGCAUCUCGUCGUAGCGCGCUCGAAUCCGUUAUAAACCACAUAACUGAAGCGAGUAUUCCGUAUCUCGUGAGUGUACGAAGUCUCGGUCGCUAUUCCGUUAUUGCGGAGCGGCUUCGGGUGAGCGGGUUUUGACAGACUGCAUGUCUUCCUGGAGACCUACUGAGAAGAGAUGUCAAGGCGAAGCACAAGGUUAGUGCCCAAAGGGCCGUCCUCCUUCCCUGAUGAUGACGCUGCCAGCACGAGCUCCACUGGAUCCACCGGUCACAUCUCUUAUAAAGAGAGCCCAACCAGGAUCUUCAAGAAGAGGACCGGUCGCAAGAGCGCAGGCAGUGUUUCCCGCAAUUCAAGUCGCGCAAGCAGCGUGAGUCAGACACUUUCUGGGCAGCGCAGUGAAUUCACUGCCACUGAGAAUGAGAAUGCAGGCAUGCGCUUUGGUACUCAAGGAUUCUCCUCUGGAUAUUCCUCGGCUGAGGAGCGUUAUGAACAAUCCACAAAAUCAAACCCUAGUUCUGCCCAGACUGUAGCUGAACCAGCCUUUGUCGUGUGGGACGUGUUUCACUCCCCAGCUCAGGCUCUGGUUAUGUUCUACUGGUGGCUGGGAAGUUCAUGGUACAGCCUGACCUCUCGACUGUCUCUGAUCAAUGUGUUUCUGCUCAGCAGAUGCACAGCAGAUAUGAGAAAGGUUAUACUUCUGGUCCUUCUUUUCAUCUUUCUCAUUUUUGGAAUAUGGUACUGGUUCCCGUUUGCGUCUCGUUCUCCUCCUCGUGAGGUUGUUUCCAGGGCUCCAUCUGUUAAACACACAGAUAGACCAGUGAAAGAAGCUUUUGAUGAUCAUCUCCAACAUGCCAGCCUGUCUCAUUUGAAAGAUGAGAUCGCCAGCUUGCAUGAAAGGGAGGCAAACCUGAUGAGAGACCUCGAGCUGCUGAAGAUGGAGAGCGUGCGACAGAAGGUCAAAUCUGAGAUGAUGCAAACUGAUCUGAAGUCUAUGAAUGAUCAAAUGAGGAAUGCUGAGGCUGAACACGAGCAGCAGAUUUCUAAUCUGAAGUCCAGCAUCUCAAACCUUCAGUCGGCCCAAGGUCUCCUCAAGGAAAGAGUUGAUGCACAAGACGCUCUCAACAACAACCUGAGAGCAGAGCUCUCCGAUUGGCUAAUAAAACACCUGAAAGAUCCAAGCUCAUUGGAGUCAACCAUAGUGCUCCGUCCUGAGCUGCAGAGGGCGCUGGAGGAUCUGGAGAAACGGAUACUAGACAAGCUAGUGCAUGAGAAAGAGAGCAGCAGAGAUGUCUGGAGGGCCGUGGGAGAAACACUGCAACAGGAAGGAGUCGGAGCCGCCACUAUACAAGAUGUGAAAGAAAUCGUCCACAGGGCAAUUAGUCUGUACAGGGCAGAUGGGAUUGGAAUGGCGGACUAUGCCUUGGAAUCUUCUGGUGCCAGUGUGCUCAACACUCGUUGCUCGGAGACGUAUAAGACCAGAUCUGCGUGUCUGAGUGUAUUCGGCAUUCCUCUGUGGUAUCAUUCAGAAAGCCCUCGGACUGUUAUACAGCCGGAGCUGUAUCCCGGGAAGUGUUGGGCAUUCCGAGGCUCCCAGGGUUUCCUGGUAAUCUCACUGUCUUACCCAGUAAGAAUCACCCAUGUGACACUCGAACACCUUCCCAAAGAGCUCUCGCCGACAGGCCGCGUUGACAGUGCGCCUAAGGAUUUUGCUGUCUAUGGUAUGUCUAAUGAGACUGAAGACGGAAAGUUGCUCGGGAAAUUCACAUAUGACCAGGAUGGAGAGCCCAUUCAGACUUUCAAGCUUCCGGAAGCGUUAGACGUCUACAGCAUGACAGAGCUGAGGAUCUUGAGUAACUGGGGUCAUCUGGAAUACACCUGUGUGUAUCGCUUCAGAGUUCACGGAGAACCUUCACUCGCCUGAGAGGAAAGGAUUCGGCCUCUUCAGCUUUGGUUUACUCUAUGCAAAAAAAAAAAAAAAAAAUGUAAAGCUCAAAUGCACUGAACUCUUAAAGAAUUAUUCAGACAGCUUCCUAAUGUACGAAUAC